AUGGCAAUGAACGCCUUAUCACGAUGCAGCAACCAAUUGAGGAGACUGCCUCUCACUCGGCUGCGUCAGAUGAGCACAAGCCCAUGGUCCUUUUUUGAAAUGGCCCCUCUUGAUCCCAUUAUCGGGUUGAACGAACAAUUCCAAAAGGAUGAUUAUCCGAGCAAGGUUAUCGUUGGUGUCGGGGCAUACCGUGAUGAAAAGGGCAAACCAUUCGUUCUUCCUUCGGUCAGAAAAGCAGAAAAGAUUCUAGCAGAAGGUGGUCUUGACAUGGAAUACGCUGGAAUUGCAGGAGAGCCAAGAUUUGUUGACUUGGCUCUCGAGUUCGCCUAUGGGGAAGAUUCGGCUGCCUUGAAGGAGGGUCGCAUUCAAGGGGUUCAAGCACUAUCUGGGACUGGAGGUCUACGUGUUUUUGGAGAGAUGAUGAAAAAGCACGGCAGCACAACCUUGUACCUCCCGAAUCCUAGUUGGGGAAACCACAAGAAUAUCUUCACAAACUCUGGGCUUGAAGUAAAGAACUACCGUUACUACGAUGCAGAUAAUUCGUCUUUGGAUUUUGAAGGGAUGGUGCAUGAUAUCAAAUCGAUGCCAGCUGGAAGUAUCGUCCUUCUCCAUGCCUGUGCUCACAAUCCAACAGGUAUGGAUCCAACUCUCGAGCAAUGGAAGGAGCUCAGCAGUGUCAUCAAGGAGCAAGACCUUGUUACCUUCUUUGAUUGUGCCUACCAAGGCUUUGCUUCUGGAGAUGCCAGCAAGGAUGCCGCUGCCAUUCGAAUGUUUGUGGAAGAUGGUCACUUGAUUUCCAUGGUUCAAAGUUUCUCCAAGAACUUUGGGUUGUACGGUCAGCGUGUUGGUGCUCUCUCCGUUGUCGGAAGAGAUGCCGAAGAAGCCAAGAAAGUUGUCUCCCAAAUGAAGACUGUGAUUCGCCCAAUGUAUUCCAACCCCCCGAGACAUGGAGCUAGACUUGUGACCACAAUCUUGGAAGAUCCUCAGCUCACUGCUGAAUUCCGUGAGGAGUGCAAGGGAAUGGCCGAUCGCAUUAAUACCAUGAGAGGAGCCUUGAAAGACUCCCUGGAAUCGGCAGGAUCGACCCGAGACUGGAGCCACAUUACCGACCAAAUUGGAAUGUUUGCCUACAGUGGCCUCAGUAACGAGCAGGUGCUGGAAAUGCGCGCUAAGCACCAUGUCUACUGCACAGGAGAUGGUCGUAUUUCCAUGGCGGGAGUUACUUCCGACAAUGUUGAUUACAUUGCCAAUGCCAUCCAUGACGUUGCCAAGUAA